CGAUUUAGACCAAGACAUCAUUGGGUUCAAUACCUACGACACAGUAACAUCUUCAGUCAGUUCGCAUAGUUCGAUUCUUCGAAGGACUAAAGCUACAGCAUGAAACUCUUCAUUGGCGCCCUCACCCUCUGCCUGGUGGCCUUUGCUGCCUCCCAGUCCGCUGAUCCCGCAGUCGCCGAUCCCUCGGUGGAGUAUCUGCCCCCCGUUGGCGAUGAGGCUGCCCCUCUGUCCGAGGAUGGCUACCGCUACAAGACGGUGCGUCGGUUGAAGCUGCGUCAUCGCCGCGAGGUGCCCAGCCAGGAGUAUCUGCCACCCAACCAGGAGUAUCUGCCCCCUGUUGAUGCCGCUGAGAUCGGAGACACCAAGGUCGCUGAUGAUGGCUACCGUUACAAGACUGUGCGCAAGCUGAAGUUGCGUCGCCACCGUCGUGAUGUCUCCGAGAUCGCUGAGCCCAGCGCCGAGUAUCUGCCCCCCGUUGAGGUUGAGCUUGCCCCCGAGCUGAAGACCGUUCUUGGUGCCGAUGGUUAUCGCUACAAGACCGUCCGCAAGCUCAAGCUGCGUCGUCACCGUCGUGAAGCCGAGGCUGAGGAAGCCGCUGCCGCUGAGGCCACCAACGGCGAGUACUUGCCCCCAGCUGAGGAACCUGCUGUUGCUGAGGUCAAGGCUGCCGAGGAGGGCACCGAGGUUGGCAAGGAUGGAUACCGCUACAAGACCGUGCGUCGCAUCCGUUACCGUUACCGCCAUUAAGCUCACUAAGCUAGCUGACAACCCGAACUUAGGCACAUUGAACCAAAUUGAUCCUGAUAGUACAUAGAGUUAAUCAGGCGCAGCAUCGAGUGAAUUUCAUUUCUCCUCCCCCGCUCGCGUCUGAUGCUCGACACAAUCCCUUGUACAACUCUCUUUUUUACAACGUUUUUAAAUUAGUAUUUCAACUGUCCCCUCCGAAGCAUAAAGAAUAAUAAAGUUUAUUCGCAGA